AAUAUCAAAAUUGAAAAUAUCAUAGAAAAGUUUUAUAAGAAAGUUAAUAGGUUAUUGAGUAAUAUUUUUUAGUACUUGUUUGUUACUAAAUUGCACUCUACAAAAUUCUGUUAAAGAUUUUCUUUACAAUUACUGACAUUUUUCCAAUGUUCAUUAAAAUUUUAUCUUCACUACCUAGUGCAAUAAUUAAGAACUCUUCAUUUCUAUUACAAAGGCCUUUAACCACAAUGCAUAGCAACAUCAUAACUAAAGAGUUUGGCAAAUUUAAAGUUCAAGUGCUUCCAGCGUUAUCCGAUAAUUUUAUGUACUUAUUAAUUGAUAAUAGCACAAAAGAAGCAGCUAUUGUUGAUCCUGUAGCACCAGAUGUAGUUUGGGACGCAGUCCAUAAAGAAAAUGUUAAAUUAACAACUGUACUCACAACACAUCAUCAUUGGGAUCAUGCUGGUGGCAACAAAGAACUUAUUAAUAGCAAUACCAAUGAUCAAUUGACUGUUAUUGGAGGUGACGACCGAAUUGAUGGCCUUACAGUUAUGAUUGAUACACACGGAGUAGAUUUUCAAUUUGGAUCAUUAAAUAUUAAAUGUCUGCGUACACCUUGUCACACCACUGGACACAUUUGCUAUUAUGUUAAUGGAGGGCAAGAUGAUGUUGUUUUUACAGGAGAUACACUAUUCUUAGGAGGCUGUGGUAGAUUUUUUGAAGGUACUGCAACACAAAUGUAUGAGGCGUUAAUCAAAAUAUUAUCACAGUUACCUGACAGCACUGCUGUGUUUUGUGGACAUGAAUAUGCCAUUCAAAAUUUGAAGUUUGGACUACAUGUUGAACCAUCCAACCAUUAUAUAUUAAAUACAUUGGAGGAUGUCGAAACCAAACGAAAAUUAAAAGAACCAAGUGUUCCAUCAACUAUUGGAUUAGAAAAGCUCAUUAAUCCAUUCAUGAGAGUAGAAAAUGAAUCAGUUCAAAAAGUCACUCAAACGGUUGGUGAUCCAAUAGAAACAAUGAAAAUGUUGAGGGACUUAAAAAACAAUUUAUGAAAAAUAAUACUUAUUUUAUUGCAAUAAUACAUUUUUAUACACUUGAAUACAAAUUAGUGUAAAUAAUACAUCACACAUAACUACAUUGAAACUUGAAAUCACAAUUUAAAUAAUACUUAAUAAAAUACAAUUUUAUUGUGAAGAUGAGAAAUUA